AUGCCGGUAGGCGUCGAAGAAUCACCGGCCGACGGCAGCAAGUCAACAACACCAGUCGCUGCCAGAUUGAAUGGAAGUGGUAUUAUGGAGGUCGUGGAUUGGGGGAAUUCUUUAGGGGAGAGUGUUUCUGAGGCCCAUGCACAACAUGCCAACAGCACUGAUGAAGAAAAUCACUAUGCUUCUGGGUCUGCAUCCAAGUUUCAGCCCAGGAAAAUCACAUCCAAGGCUCACUGGAAUGACCAGAUGGGCAUGGCUGAGGUGGUAGUUGAAAAGGGUAGAUAUCGGAUAUCCACGGGAAUUGUGCGCCAUAGCAAGCUCUAUUACUCUAUUGAGGAAGUUUUGUUUUUGGUUGAAAUAGGCGACUUGCUUCUCUUGGAUGAUAGUGGUACACUUUCCUUGGAAGAUAUAUAUAUGAAGAUUUCAGAUAGAAAGAAUGGGUGUUGUUGGGAGGAAUUUCAAGCUUAUAGGCAACUCAAGUCUCUUGGUUACAUUGUUGGGCGGCAUGGUAUCCCCUGGUCUAUGAAGAGUUUGAAGAGUAAUUAUGAAACUGUUUCUUCUCAAGGUUGUCCAGAAAGUGAUGAGGUGGUGGACUUGGGAUCAGAAGAGACUAGGUCUGUCAUUGGAUUGUUGAAUGGGAUGCAAAUAAAUGAAGCAAGGCUGAUUUUUGAUGUUUAUCUCCCAAAUAGCAAGUUCAGGAAGUCUUCUCCUGGUGAUCCAAGUUUUGUGCUCUGCUUUACUAGGGGUCCUCCACCAUCCAAAGCAGACCUUGAAGCCCUCGAGAGACAAUGUCAGAACAUUCCUUUGAAGGUUUGCCAUGAAGAGCAGGGGUGGGUGAGUUUCUUUUCCUUUGACAAGGUGGAACUUCCUGUCCUACCUUGA